AUGCUAGCGAUCCUCAUCGCUCUCCUGCAACAAACGUCAACUCGAUUCCUCCCACUAUCAACACCGGUACAGAUCCUACGAGUCAACGCCGCGAACAACUUCCAGACCCUGAGGGCAAAAGUAGUCCCCCUCUGGAUCGGCGGUGCAGGCCCGUCUCAGACGGCAUUGCAAGGCACUGUUUCGCACGCACCGACGUUUUCGAGAUCCAUCUCCUCAACCCCGACGAACCCGACAACCAGCAUGGCUUCGCAAGAGUGUGGCCUUGGUCCCGAACAGUGCACGCCGGGACAAAAAGCCGGGGUUCAAGCGGAUCCGUCAACGGCGUCGAACAACAAGAAUGCAGAUACAGACACAAAAACAGAUGCAGAUAAAGCCGCAGCUGAACCAGAGCCAGAGUUGCCGAAACUGUCUGCCCAGGAUUUCCGCGAGUAUAAUCGCCUGGCCGUCAUGAUGAAUGCCUAUCACAACCAUUUCCGAUACACGUGGAAUCUCCUGUACAAGGCGUGCACAUCCGGGUCGCGACCCGCGGGCAUGUCCAUCCGCAGCUUCAUCUCGCAGGGCCUGCACCUGUGCCACUCGCUGACGAUCCACCACACGAUCGAGGAGCAACACGUCUUCCCCGAACUGGCCGAGCGCAUGCCCGCGUUCGGCGCCCACGACCACCUCAUCACCCAGCACGAACAAAUCCACGAAGGGCUCGAAAAGUUGGAGGAGUAUCUCGAUGCGUGCCGGAGCGGGGAGAAGGAGCUGCGCCUGUCCGAGUUGAAGGAGAUCAUGGACUCUUUUGGAGGUGUGUUGUGGGCCCACUUGGACGACGAGGUGAGGAUGCUGGGCGCGGAGAAUAUGCGCCGGUUCUGGACCAAGGAGGAGAUCAUGGCCAUGCAGUGGUGA